UUUUCGACACUUCCACACUUCGCAUCCAACUUCUGGUGAUCCAGUACUAACCACAGGUCGACUCAAGAAUCUGCAGCAAUGGCGAUCAAGCACAACCAGCAGAUCCAGAAGAACCACUUCCACAAGGACUGGCAACGCUACGUCCGCGUGCACUUCGACCAGCCCGGCAAGAAGAAGUCGAGGCGCAACGCCCGUGUUGCGAAGGCCGCCAAGGUCGCUCCUCGCCCCGUCGAUAAGCUCCGACCUGUCGUCCGAUGCCCUACCAUCAAGUACAACCGCCGUGUGCGCCCAGGCCGUGGUUUUUCGUUGGCUGAAUUGAAAGCCGCUGGUAUUCCCCGCAAGUUCGCUGCCACCAUCGGUAUCUCUGUCGACCCCCGCCGCCAGAACCUCUCUGAGGAGAGCCUCAAGGCCAACGUGGAGCGUCUCCAGGAGUACAGGAAGCGCCUCAUCGUCUUCCCCCGCCGCAGCGGUCAGACCAAGGAGGGUGACGCCUCUGCUGAGGACGUCAAGGCUGCCAAGGACAACAUCGUCAAGUCCACCAGCGAGGUCCUCCCCAUCAAGAACACCGUCACCUUCGAAGAGGGUCCCAUCAAGAACUAUGAGCCCACCGAGAACGCCUACCGUGUGCUCCGUGACCAACGUGCCGUGGCUCGUUACCAGGGUGCUCGUGAGAAGCGUGCCAAGGCUAAGGCUGAGGAGGCUGAUGCCAAGAAGAAAUAGAUGCACAGAGCUGUGGUAGUAAAAUAGCGACAU